AUGGACGGAAUCAUAUUGACACAAACGAGUCCAAUGCUCAAGACUCAAAAUCACUCCACUUUGUCACCUGGGUCAUCUUGGGAUUCCGCCAUUACGAUUGCAUCUUCACCCAGCAGCAUGAGUAGCUGCGACGGCAUCGAUGAUGACGAAUCGGAUUCUUUCGGCGACUCUGGCGAAAUCUCCUCAAAAUCUACCUCUGAGAGGCUCGACAUCGAUUUGGGCCUCUCAACCUCCUCCACCAUGCAACUGGUGGCUAGGCAGGAGGAUCCUGAGAGAGCUCCCGUACCCACACCUCCGGACCCUAACCGUCUUCAAGCUCUCUUUUCCGAGUAUGAAAAGCUUGUCAAUAGACAGGAGGUACCGCAUGAACGCGAGGGCGCACUAGUCAAAAGUAAGAUAAAGCCCACGUCUGGGUACCUCGCUCGUCGGGCUUACAGCCAAUUUGCAGAUGAAGAAUCUCCGCGCCCCAAUCACCCAGAAUCUUGCCAUCAAGCUAUCCCACACCCGCUUGUGAGCGCUGCCCGUGAACAGAAACGAGGAAUCUCAAAGCGCAAGAACCAGCGCCAGAAGAAGGGCGCUUCACGUGGCUCUUUGCGUACGAAACGUGCGCUAGCUAGUACUCUUCAGGAAUACGAAUACAUGCAACUGGGAGAAGCACGUCGAGCGCCCAACGGGUCAAUUGAAGUGGAAGUGUUUUGGGCGCCUAUCUUCCUGCCGUGCGACCAAUUGCGUGGGGAACAGGCAAUCGAAGAGGCGAAAGACUUGGUGAUUAGAAAGUUUGGGCACGUCGCAUGGGAGACGGAACAGACUAAGUUUGGCUGCGUGGGCACGAAGAGGCGCACAUUGGGGUAG